GUAUUCUCAUAGUAGAUACUGUAUAGCUCAUACGAUUAGGGACCUCAUUGGCAUCCUGAUCUGAAAUGGGGGCCCAACAAAGAUAGAAAAGAACUGUUGGAGGCAUUCACAAUAGCCAUGAAAAAAGUAUUUGGUUACCUAAAGCAACAUGUCAAGCCAGAUCAAAUUGUUUGGGUCAGAAGUACACCUUAUGGACAUGCUGCAUGUUCUCAAUACACUCGGCCAAGUACAAUACCCGUCAAACCCACCGGGCAACCAGGAGAAUACGAAUGGGACAUGUUGGAGAGAUUUGAUUUUGUAUGGAAGGACAUGAUUGAACAAGAAAAUGAUGAGCGAUUCCGUUUCUUUAAUGUGUCGCUGUCAAAUGCUAGAGGAGAUGCUCAUUCACAACCUGAUCAUGAUUGUUUGCAUACUUGUCUUCCGGGCCCUGUGGAUGAUUGGAACAAGUUCUUGUAUCAUGAAAUCACAAAAAUGACUAUUUAAACAAUAAAAGGAUUUUUAUUUUACAACAAAGGAGGAGUAGUAAGGAUAGGGAAAUCAGCACGCAGUGUACCAUUAUUAGGUGCUGCAUCCAUGUUCAGUAAUUCUGUUAUAAACUCAUAGACUUCUGUAUUAAAAAAGGGCGCUAAUACAGUACCUUCUCUGUA